AGACUGUUGUUGGAUUGGGGCUUUCUACUCGUACCGUAUCACUUCAAAGUAGAUCUAGCAUACCGGUAGGAUGAGUGAGAAAGAACAGGACGUGGCCAUGGCAGGGACCGAAGAAUCGUCGGCAGAAGCGAAGACAGUCAAAAAGGUGGAGGAUCAUCCACCAGCAGUGGCGGAUGCAUCUACUAGCACCCAAGACAAGGAAGCGGAAGUCAAGAAAGAGGAAGUCAAGAAAGAAGAAGGAGAUGCUGCAAAGGCGGAUGAUGAUAAGGAGAAAUCCAAGGAUGAAAAAGAAUCCGUUGUCGAAGCCAAAGAUGAUAAGGAGGAUACCAACAAAAACAACACUAAUAAUAGUAAGGAAUCUUGGGACCACAGCAACCGCAAAGUCAUGGUGCUGAAUUGUCUCAAGUUUCUGGACAAGAGGAGAUUGACCAAGAUGGUCAAUUCCUGGGUUGCCGGAUGCAAGGGUCAAGUGGAAGUCAAGAAAACCAAAAAGCCUCCCACCGAUAGUUGGGUCGUUGUCACUUUGGGACACGAAUCCCAAGUACCCAUUCUCAUUAACUACAUUCACGACAAUCAAUGCACCAACAAAAAGGGAGACCGCCUUCGGGCCAUUCCCGCCAACCAGGUGGAUGCGGCCAGUGAACAGAAAAUUAAUCAAAUGGAAAACGGCAACGAAAGGCCUAACAAGAGGAGACACGAUGAUAAUAAUACUGCAGACGACUCUCUCUCCAAACGACAACGGGGAAUGCAACAACGACGGGCGCCCGAGCCGGAACCCCACGUCAUUACCGAGGAAGAAAUCAAAAAUGCCAUGAUUCCAUUGUGGCGGAAUACGUAUCCCGAACAGAUCGACCACAAACAAAAGGACAUGAUCAAGAAGUGUGCCAUGAAGGUUGUCAAGGAAAUCAAAAGCAAGUUUCGAGAUCUUCAAAAAGAAGCCAAACGAAACAAACAUCGAAAACCCGUCAAGCCGUACGCAUGGCUCAAUGGGAUCCGGCCCAUUGUCAUGGAAGAUGUCAUACCCGCCCGGAGUAUGGUACGAAACAAGUGCGAAUUCACGUUUGGAUAUCGGUAUGUACAAGCCGAAACAAAAGACUCUAUUGGUACCCCCGCGUCGACAAACAACAAUGACAAGGUGAAAGAGACAACCACCACGGAGGCAACUGAUCAGGAUGUCGAGAUGAAAAAAGAAGAAACAACGCAAGAUUCUAGCGGCACGACAGAGAAACAGUCGCAACCAGCAAACGAAGAAGCAACCAAACAAGAAGAGAGUACAGCUGAAACUAGCUCCAAUUCCGAUGCCAAAACGGAUGGAGCUCCAGAAGCAAAGGCAGAAGAGACCAACACCGCAGAGACACCCGCCGAUGCAUCCAACACGCAAAAAGACACGACAAACAACAACGACAACGAUGAGACCAAGAUUCCUCUGAAAAAGAUCCCAUCCGUUGGAGCCAUGGCACGCGGAUGGAGUGGUGGUGUAUCACAUCCCAAGUGUUGUCCUAAUAUCCCCUCCGAAGCCUGCGCUGUCAUUGAUAUUGUGGAAGAAUUCUUGCAGACAUGUCCAAUGCCACCAUAUAAUGCCAAGACACACACGGGCUUUUGGAGGACCCUGACGGUGCGAUCCUCACGACGGACCAACCAGUGCAUGCUCAUCUUCAUGCAUGCCCCGUUGUCCGGAGGAGCAGGAUCCAAAGAUUCGUCGGACGUUGAUAAUUAUGAACCCGAAGUGUUUGAAAAAGAAAAAGAACGUUUGAUGGGAAUGAUCACCGAUAAGGAUCUGCCUGUUACCAUACCCCCGUCAACUUGGUUGCAAACAGAGGAGGACGCAGCAAAGAACACGCCGACGACAAUCCGAGUCACGUCCAUCUUCUUUCAAGAGUUUGGCGGCAUCUCCAUGCCAACGCCAGAACAUCCCGUGCAGCAUGCUUAUGGUGACAAAUUUUUGCAGGAAAAGCUGGGCAAAUGCACAUUCCAAAUCUCUCCCGGAGCAUUCUUUCAAGUCAAUACUGAAACGGCAGAACUUCUCUACCAGAUUGCUGCGGACAAGGUGAAAGAAGUUGCCACAGACAAACCGGAAGGAACGCUUUGUUUCGAUGUUUGCUGUGGGACUGGAACAAUUGGUUUGACGUUAAUGAAAGAAGGCGUCGUGGGGAAGGUUGUGGGUGUCGAUAUCAGUGCUCCCGCCAUUGACGAUGCCAAGGCCAAUGCAACCCUGAAUGGCUUUGGGCCCUCAUCAGACGACAACAAGGAACAGAACGAAACGACUCGGUGGGUGGCUGCCAGAGCUGAACACGUCAUGAACGCGGAACUGAAACGGGCUCGCGAGGCUGGGAAUUUCGAAAAGGUUGUGGCAAUUGUGGAUCCAGCUCGUGAUGGAUUGCAUUUCGAUGUUCUUAAGCAUAUCCGUGGAUUUUCACAGAUUGACCGCAUCGUGUACGUGUCCUGCAACCCAACGGGCAGCUUGACCAAGGACGCUGCCGCCUUGUGCACACCAGCAUCCAAACGGUACCGAGGGCGACCCUUCAAACCAACCUUUGCUCAACCCGUGGAUAUGUUUCCAUAUAGUCAUCAUUGUGAACUGGUCAUGGUUUUUGAUCGGUUAUCGGAUGACGAGUUGGGAGAGGAUGAGCUCAAGAGGGAGGAUCGUUAAGGGGUAGCGGAUUAACACAACUGUAACUCAUUGAAUAAUUCUAACCGAUGCUGCUGCUGAUUCAUAGCUAGUCAUCACCCUUGUCGAAGGCAGGUGACCUGCAGUGGGCGUGACGUUUCAGCGAGACCUGCAGCGCAACGGACAAACGAAGUGGUAGUUUAGUUUACCCCCUCACAAAAUACAAGCCUCGUCGAUACCUCUGCCAAUCACAAUGACAGGUGGUUCUCCUGCGGCCAGUGUGAUCCCACCUUCGCAGCUGAACAUGGCUUCCAAUGAACUUUGUCGAGCUGGUAAUAAGAUGAUAUUCCCUUCUUGAGCAGUUGCAAGCUUGUCAUUAGGUUGCCACGAUGUGCCGAGAACUCCUUGCUGUCCUGCACCCGCGGUUGAUUGGCAAAGGACGGCGGCAGCAACGACUCAACCAACGCCACAGUCUGCGCGAGGCUUUCGGGCUGACGUGAUCCGCGCCCGAUCCUGCCUCGCGAAUCCGCGGCCGCGCUUCCUCAUGGUGCUGCAACGCCUUGUCGUAUGCUCGUUUGGCGUAAAAGACCACUGUAUGUCAAUAUAAUAUCCAUUGCCGUUUGAAAAAACCGCAACUUGAUCCCCCAUUCUACUGAUGGCCCAACAGCGAGAAUGGCCCAACAGAGAGAAUGGUUCGGGACAAUGGGGUAAAUCAUGUCAAAUUACCCUCAGCUCCAGUUCAGAACUCCCAAUUCUGAAGAAAUUCAUUGCCCUCAACAGACUGAGGGUCUUUCACACUUUUAUCGCUGUAUGUGUAUGUGUGUGUGUGUGUGUGUGUUUGUGUGUUUGUUGCAGCUGUUUUGGUCACAUAGGGGACACUUUCCUCAUUAAGGAUAGGGAUUAAUAUUGUGUGUUCAGCUGGACACAGUAGUUUCAACAUAUGGGUACCAGUUCUGGCUGGCUAUGCAGACUCACUAGUGUGUCCAGAUAAACACGGUGUAAGUUUUGCCAAAGACAUAAGGGACAUUUUCCUUGUUAAGGAUAGGGAUUGAUAUUGUGUGUUCUGUUGGACACAGUACUUUGGACCCUUACUGACUGGCUGGCUAUGGAGACUUGCUAGUGUGUCCAGUUGAACACGGUAAAGGAUUUGACCAAAGAUGUUAAGGAUUCGAUUGGGGAAUCCAAUCAAAUCUCUUUUUGACAGUUGAGGGCAUCAGCCUCCGGCUGCUUGUUCUUU